CCCCGAGCGCCGCCGCGCCCGCUCCACGCAUGCGCGGCUUGGCGUCAACAGGAGCGAAAAGAUGGCGGCGUCCAUAGUUUGCCUGGUUGCUGGCAGCGGAGCGCGGAUGCUAGGGCGGGCCCGCCGCUCGCCGGCCUUGCUGAGGACGGCUGCCCUGCGGGGCACGGCCACCUUCGCCCAGGCCCUCCAGAAUUUGCCCGAGACUCAGGUCAGCCUCCUGGACAACGGGCUCCGCGUGGCCUCGGAGGAGUCCGCCCAGCCUACUUGCACAGUGGGGGUGUGGAUUGAUGUUGGCAGCCGUUACGAGACUGAGAAGAACAAUGGAGCAGGCUACUUUGUGGAGCAUCUGGCUUUCAAGGGAACAAAGAAUCAGCCUGGCAAUGCUCUGGAGAAGGAGGUGGAAAGCAUGGGGGCCCAUCUUAAUGCCUACAGCACACGGGAGCACACAGCUUACUAUAUCAAGGCCCUGUCCAAGGACCUCCCGAAAGCUGUGGAGCUCCUGGCUGACAUCGUGCAGAACUGCAGCCUGGAAGACUCACAGAUCGAGAAGGAGCGUGACGUGAUCCUGCGGGAGCUGCAGCAGAAUGAUGCAUCACUGCGGGAUGUGGUCUUCGACUACCUGCAUGCUACGGCAUACCAGGGCACACCCCUGGCACAGGCUGUGGAGGGGCCCAGUGAGAAUGUCAGGAAGCUGUCGCGGGCGGACUUGACCGAGUACCUUGGCAGGCAUUACAAGGCCCCUCGCAUGGUGCUGGCAGCGGCUGGAGGGGUGGAGCACCAGCAGCUGCUAGACCUUGCCCAGAAGCACUUCAGUAGCGUCUCUGGGACAUACGAGGAGGACACGGUGCCCACUCUCCAUCCAUGCCGCUUCACUGGCAGUGAGAUCCGCCACCGUGAUGAUGCCUUGCCCCUGGCCCAUGUGGCCAUUGCAGUGGAGGGGCCUGGCUGGGCCAACCCAGACAAUGUGGCUCUCCAGGUGGCCAAUGCCAUCAUCGGCCACUAUGAUUGCACUUAUGGUGGUGGCACGCACCUGUCUAGCCCACUGGCUUCGGUUGCUGUGGCCAACAAGCUGUGCCAGAGUUACCAGACCUUCAACAUCUGCUACGCAGAGACUGGGCUGUUGGGUGCCCAUUUUGUCAGUGAUCGCAUGACUAUCGAUGACAUGAUGUUUUUCUUACAAGGCCAGUGGAUGCGCCUAUGCACCAGUGCUACAGAGAGCGAAGUGGCCCGGGGCAAGAACAUCCUUAGAAAUGCCCUGGUGUCUCAUCUGGAUGGUACCACCCCUGUCUGUGAGGACAUUGGACGCAGCCUCCUGACCUAUGGCCGCCGAAUCCCCCUGGCUGAGUGGGAAAGCCGGAUUGCGGAGGUAGAUGCGAGGACGGUGCGUGAGGUCUGCUCCAAGUACUUCUAUGACCAGUGUCCAGCAGUAGCUGGAUUGGGCCCCAUCGAGCAGCUCCCCGACUACAACCGGAUCCGUAGCGGCAUGUUCUGGCUGCGCUUCUAGGCAAGAAGCCUGUGCAGGCAAGAGGGCGGGACCAGGGUUCAUGGUCCUCCCCCCACCACACACAUACCACCCCGGCUCCUCAAACCCUUGCAGGAAGAGGGCGUGCCACAGAUGAACUCCAAUAAAGUCCUGUGUUGAGAA